AUUUAAAUAUCAGUAGAAACUAGAAAGUACUAGAACUGACGGGCUCUCUAUCUCUACACUUAAAUAGUUAAAUCACAGUUCCCCUGUGCAGAGUGCGUACUAAGCUUUCUAGGGUUUUACUCGCUCUCUCUUUCCCUUUAGAGACAGAAUGAGUCGCCAUCCUGAGCUGAAAUGGGCCCAGAGGCAAGACAAAGUUUUUAUCACAGUGCAAUUGCCUGAUUCAAAGGAUGCAAAGGUCAAUCUCGAGGGAGAAGGUAUCUUUACUUUCUCAGCUAGUAGUGGAGCUGAAAACCACCUUUAUGAACUGAAAUUGGAGCUUCAUGAUAAGGUCAAUGUGGAGGAAAGUAAAGUCAAUGUAGGGCCGAGGAGCAUUUUCUGCAUCUUGGAGAAAGCUGAAAAGGGGUGGUGGAAAAAGUUAUUGCGUGGAGAUGGCAAGGCGCCUCAUUAUGUGAAGGUAGAUUGGGACAAAUGGGUGGACGAAGAUGAAGAUAAUGGUCAUGGUGAUUUAGACCUGGGAGGGAUGGAUUUCUCUAAUUUCGGGGGUAUGGGGGACAUGGGCGGCAUGGACAUGGGUGAUGAUGGUCCGGGUGAAUUUGAUGAUAGUGAUGAUGAAGAUGAAGUUGCGAUGCCAGAAGCAGAGGACGUUGAGAAGACAGGAGCUGAGAAGGCUGCAGAAAAAGAUGCUGAUAUGAGUAUAGCAGGCAGACAAGAAGAUAAAAAAUAAACCAUCUAAAGUGUGAUUGAUAUAAUUAUAAUUGUUCACUUAAACUUAUAUUUGUGCAUUAAAUUUUCAGUAUUUGAGGCUGGUUAUAUGCGUGUUUGUUUCCUUUCUCGAGUGCAGUUGAAAUUUACCUGGUCAUUGAGAGGGAUUGAGAUCAUUAGUUUCUGACUUUGUGUCUUGUCUUAAUUAGCAAAAACGCUUAUUGUAAAUCUGUAUUCGAUCUUCUUACUUCUGAUCGUUCCCUGUAAUUUUCAUCGUCUUGAUUCCUGUUG